CCGAAAUUUGCUUUCAUAUCAGGUAGGUUUAGAUUCUUCGGAAUUCGUGAAAUGUCAGACGGUUGCAAAAAAAAUUUGCGGUGUGCAUGUACAGUAAAUAUAGGUGCAACGUUGUGUUACCGAACAGUAGAAGUAAUUUUCGUCAGUUUUUAAAUAUUUAAUUUUUUUCUUUUUGUAAAUAAUAUGUCAAGAAGAAGACAACGAAAUGUUCAACACUCAUCAUCAUCAUCAUCAUUACAAAAACAAAAGGAUGAACAUGUUUUCUCUAUAACACAAUUAUGGACAUUACCUAGAACAACACUAUUAUUAAUUACUCCAAUCUUAUCGUCAACAAUUCUUCAAGUAUCUCCUCGAUACAUUGAACCAGUUUAUGGAAAUGUUUUUUCGUCAUUAUAUUUUGAUCAAGCGGUUAUUGCUUCGUUAUUUUUUGGUAUUAUAAUCGGAAUCGGAUUCGUAGCCAAAUCAAAAGAUUUAACUUCAAAAGUUAGGGAUGAAAAAUUAUCUAGAGCAUUAAUAUUUGGCAUUGAUUUGUGUGGAAUUAUAUUAGCGUUAUCACCGCUAAAUAUUAAAGUUUUAUAUAGACUUAGUGAAAUACUCGGUCCAUAUAUUGGACCUCACGCUACGCAGCUUGGGUUGGCAUACCCGGUCAUAUUCUUAUUAGGAUAUCUUAAUACAGUUGUUUGUGCUCGUUUAUCAAGGGAACAACACUUCCCAGUAAUACGAUGGACUCCUUACAUUGCUAUGCAUAUUACAAUAACUGCAACAGUAACCUAUGUUCUUUAUAAUAUAGAAACUAGGGGUAAAACUUGCCAUAGAUUAUAUUUUGCAAGUAUAUUAAUAACUUUAAUUGGUGCACUUUUUAAAUUUUUAUUAAAAACUUAUGGUGAAAUGAAUUUGAUCGAAGAUGCAGCUCAAAGAUAUAAAAAAUUAGCUGAUGUUUCUCUAUCUAAUAAAAUUCGGUCAACAAGUUUCUUAUUAUUACCACAAAUAUUUAUCGUAAUAAUUGCAAUAUACAAUUCUAAUUUUAAUUCACAUUGCAAUACUGGAAUUUCACAGAAAACAAUUGUAGAUGACGUAGAAUAUACGGUUCUUGCACGAAAUGAAUCAAUUACCGGAUGGAUUGAAAUUGUUGAAGAAAUAGGACCUCGAAAUAUACGCGUAAUGCGUGCAGGUCACUCAUUAUUAGGGGGCGUUUAUAAAAAAUCGAAUGAUUCGGUAUUUGGGUCUUUCUAUUUUUUAGAAGCCGUAAGAUUAAUAGGAAAUCGGAAUCAAGUUGGACAGGAAAGAGCACUUCAAAUUGGUCUAGGAAUUGGAGUAUCGGCAAAAUCAUUACAAGCACAUAAUGUUUUAUUAAAUAUAGUAGAAUUGGAUUCCGCAGUUUAUAAUUACGCGAUAAAUUACUUUGGUCUUGAACCUAAGCACAAUAUAUAUAUUCAAGAUGGAAGGAAAUUUAUAAAUGAUGAACAUUCUCAAUCUUAUGAUUAUGUUUUACAUGACGUGUUUACUGGUGGUUCGGUUCCUCCUUCGUUAUUUUCUCUUGAAGCUUUAGAACAAAUUAAGAGGAUUCUGAAGAAAGAUGGUGUUUUAGCGUUGAAUUUUGUUGGAUCUGAACAAUGGCCACAUGCUGAAAGUUUAGCGCUAGUGAAAAAUACAAUUAGUGCAGUAUUUCCAUAUUACAAAUGUUUUAGAGAAGGUCCAACAGAAAAAAGUUCAUUUCAAAACAUGAUAUUUUUUGCCUCAGUUAAACCAAUAAUCUUUAGAAAUCCAACCAAUGAUGAUUUUAUGGGUAGUGCAAUGAGAGAGUAUAUGUUAGGAAGUUUUAUGCAAUGGUCAAUUGAUUUAACCAAAUUGAGGAAUGUAACGGAUAUUAUUACAGAUUUAAAUAAUCCUUUGGAUAAAUUACAACAUUUAUCAGCUUUUGAGCACUGGAAGAUUAUGAGAAAUUUAUUCUCUCAAGAAAUUUGGAUAAAUUAUUAAAAAAUGCUAUGAUGUAAGUUAAACACUUGACAGUAUAGCAUACAACGUAUAAUGCAACCAUUACAACUUAUUAAUCCUUUAAAAUCUACUUUGAUUUCACAACACUAUUUCGUUUAUAAGAAUAUGAUUCAAUAAUUUGAUUUUGAGUUGAGCAUAUGUGAUUUGAGUUGUAUAAUAAAUAAAUACACUUUAUAAGUGAAAUGUAUAAAUAAUUAAUAAAAAUUGAUUUUUUC